UUGAGACUCAAAAUCUAUAGUUUGAAUGUGAUAUCAUGGAAUCUGAAUAUCAGUGGUUGUCUUCAGAGAAUAUGAUGAAAAAGCUAUGGUGGACAAUUUUGUUGAUUGUUAUAAGCAGUGUUAUAACAUUGUUAGAGAAAGUGUUGUUAACACCGCGAAGGAUUCGAUUGAUGCUGGAAAAACAAGGUAUCAAUGGACCAAAACCUUCUUUUCUCUUUGGUAACAUUUCAGAGUUGCGACAAAUUCAUCUUCAAUCUCCUGCAUCUGCCGAUUCGUUUAAUGAAGAAUGGAUUGGUUCUUUGUUCCCACAUUUUCACACCUGGAAGCAACACUAUGGUGAAAUGUAUCUAUACUCUACUGGACUCAAGCAACAUUUAUAUGUGGAGAAACCAGAAUUAAUAAAAGAUAUAAGUCUGCAUAGGUCCCUAGAUCUUGGUAGGCCUACAUAUAUAAAGAAGCAAUUACUGCCCAUGUUUGGAGAUGGUGUCUUCAUAACCAAUGGACAACUAUGGAAUUUCCAAAGGAAUCUUGUUGUUCCUGAGUUCUUCAUUACAAAAAUUAAGAACAUGAUAGAUAUUAUGGAAGGAUCUACCCUGGAAAUUAUCAAACAAUGGGAUAAUUGCAUAGCAAAAAAUAAAGGGAUUGCAGAGAUAGUGAUUGAAACAGAUCUAAAGAUUCUUUUUGAGGAUAUCAUUUCGAGAGCUUGUUUUGGCAGCGAUUAUGCACAAGGAAGGCAAAUUUUUGCAAAAUUGGCUGCUAUGCAAGCUGCUUUUGCAAAACCUAGUCUUAUGUUUGGAUUUAUAAACCUAAGCUUUCUUCCCACAAAGGAAAACAAAGAGAUAAGGAGGUUGAAGAAAGAGGUGGACAUGUUGAUAAUGAAUAUCAUCCAUGAUCGUAAAAUGCAAAACCAGAAGAACGAUACAAAUGAGAAACAAAGUGAUCUAUUACAAAAAAUACUAGAAGGUGUUGCAAGUGACACGACUUUAAAGGCUAGUGAAAAUGGUAUUUUCAAGUUUGAGAAUAAAAUAAAGUCGAACCAAUUGAUAAUAGACCUCUGCAAAAAUAUAUACUUUGCUGGCUCUGAGUCAACCGCUUUUGCCGUUACUUGGGCAUUGCUGCUUCUUGCAAUACAUCCCGAAUGGCAGCAACGUGUCCGGGCUGAGAUUUUUGAUACUUUUGAUAACAAUUCACCUCAUUUGUUUCAUGACACGAACAAACUUCAAAAAUUGAAAGUGCUAACAAUGGUGAUUCAAGAGAGUCUACGUCUUUAUGGGCCUGCAAUCGUGGUCUCCAGGGAAGUUUUAGCUGAGAUGAAGUUGGGAGAAUUUAUGCUACCUAAAGGCAUCUACAUGUGGUUAUUCUUGCCAUCAUUGCAUCGAGACGCUGAUAAUUGGGGACCAGAUGCUACAAAGUUCAAUCCAGAGAGAUUUGCUAACGGUGUUUCUGCAUCAUGUAAGUAUCCUCAGGCAUAUAUACCAUUUGGACUUGGGAGUCGACAUUGUCUAGGUCAAAACUUUUCCAUUACAGAAAUGAAGGUAGUACUCAGUCUUCUUCUUUAUAAUUUCUCCUUUGAUGUUUCACCAAACUAUCGCCAUUGUCCUGUGUAUAAAAUGGUGUUAAUGCCAAAAUAUGGUGUUAGACUUCUUGUAAGCAAGGUUCAGAACACAGAAAAAUGAUUAUGGUUCUGUUAUGCUUUUUCUAUUGUCACAAAGUACAAUCACAUAGCAAUAGCUAGUAUGACUUUGUUGGUUUUAACACCUAUUAAUAAUACAUCAUGUUGUAUCAAUAAUGCAUCUUAUUGUCUAUAUUCUCUGGUGCUUUC